CCCGUCAUUCCAUUCAUUCAUUCAGUCACAGGCGAGUGGUGACGCCGUGGGUUAAACCCUCGCUCGCUCAAGAAGGCAGCAGCGCCAGUGCGCUGCUCGGCUUCCUCGCCAAGCAAGCUCGCUCACACGAGAAGACACCACCGUCACCACCGCCACCACCGCCACACUUCCACUUGCCCGACCACCAAGAACCACCGCCAAUAAGAAGUCAGCACAGACGAACCACCCCAUCAUCACCAUUGUCACCGUCACUCGAAGACCCCCCUGUGGUCUCUCGUGUUGAGAAGGGUCCCCAUCUUAACUUCAGCCUCAGAUCGAUUGAUUGACUGGGGGAGUUCCUCGGCGAGAGUAAAUAAAACAAGUCUCGAUUUAAGUGUCCAAGCAGUCGCGUGGCAGAGGCAGGAGGGAUUCUCGGCGCGGUCGGAAGUUAAAUCCCAAGCCUGCUCCAGCAAAGAUCAUGAGUUCCUCCUUCAUCACGCAUUCCUUCUCCAUCGCUGCUGUAAUUCUCGCCAGCUCGUGCUGCUACGCAUACCCUGCCAAUGAAGUGAACUUGCUGGAUACAACAAACAUUUUCGGACAGCUCGGAUGGGAAGCAACGCCCACCACUGGGUGGGAGGAGAUGGCCAUCCAGAUCAACCAAACCGCGCUGAUUCAAGCCUACCAGGUGUGCAACGUGGUGAAGCCCAACCAGAACAACUGGCUGCGGACGCGCUGGAUCGCUCGCGACCCGGCCCAGCGCGUCUACGUGGAGAUCAAGUUCACGCUGCGCGACUGCGGCAGCAUGGCCGGCGUCGCCUCCACCUGCAAGGAGACCUUCAACCUCUACUACUACGAGGCCGACUCCGGCUCGAGCGCCAACAUGGACGAGAGCCUCUUCGCCAAGGUGGGCACCAUCGCGGCCGACAGCAACUUCGACAACGUGGACGUCAAGGACCGCGUGCUCAAGCUCAACACGGAGGUGCGGGAGCUGCCGCCCCUCUCCUGGCCCGGCUUCUACCUGGCCUUCCAGGACGUGGGCGCGUGCGUGGCCCUCGUGUCGGCGCGCGUCUACUACAAGAAGUGCCCGGCGGUGGUGCGGGACCUCGCCCGCUUCCCCGACACCGUGGCGAACGCCCUGUCGUCGCCGCUCGUCGAGGUGCGCGGCUCGUGCGUGCCCAACGCCGUGGCCGCAACCGACCCCAGGAUGCACUGCAGCACGGACGGCGAGUGGCUCGUGCCCAUCGGGCUGUGCGUGUGCCACGCCGGCUACGAGGCCGCGGGCAGCCAGUGCCGAGCCUGUGGACUCGGCUACUACAAGAACACGACGGGAGGGCAGCCGUGCGACCUGUGUCCUCCGGAGAGCUUCACCACUCGACUCGCAUCCACGCACUGCGGAUGCAAAGCGGGAUACUACAGGGCAGAAGCUGACCCUGUCAGCUCCCCAUGCACACGCCCCCCGUCGGCGGCGCGCAACGUGAUCUCGAGCGUGAACGAGACGUCGGUGAUCCUGGAGUGGAGCCCCCCCCAGGACAGCGGGGGCCGCGGCGACGUGAGCUACCGCCUCGUGUGCCAGACGUGCGGCGGGGGCAGGGACGCCGCCGCCGCCGCCGCCGCCGCCGCACCGUCGUCGUCGUCGACAGCGGCGACGUUGACGGCGGCGGCGUCGCCGUGCGCUCCGUGCGGGGACAGCGUGCGCUUCCUGCCGCGGCGCGAGGGCCUCGCGGUGCCCGGCGUCACCAUCGCGCACCUGCUGGCGCACACCAACUACACCUUCCGCAUCGAGGCGCUCAACGGGGUCUCCCGGCUCAGCCCCGCGCCGCCCAAGGCCGUGUCCGUGUCGCUCACCACCAACCAGGCCGCUCCAUCUAAAAUCAGGUCACUGUGGUACGAGAUGCAAACUAAGGACCACGUGAAGCUGUCAUGGUUCCAACCAGAUCAACCAAAUGGAAUUAUCCUGGACUACGAAAUCAAGUACUACGAAAAGGGCCAGCGGGACACCAGCUACAACAUCCUGCACACCAAGGUGCCGUCGGCCAGCAUCGAGGGCCUCCGGGCCAAAAUUGUGUACGGCUUUGAGGUGCGGGCUCGCACGGCCGCCGGCUUCGGCAAACCCAGCGACCCCGUGGAGAUCAACACCGACCAGUACCAACACUCCAAUACGACUCGUGUGGCCGUCAUAGUCGUGUGUGCCGUGAUUCUUCUUGCCUUCAUCGUCUUCACGGUGGUCUGCAUCCGGCGAAGGAAAAUGCGCAACAUGACACCGCAGAAGGAUGAAGAGGAGAAUUGCCCCUUUAAGAAUGAAGAAGUGAAAUUCCCCAACCGGAGGAACUACGUUGACCCCUUCACGUACGAAGACCCCAAUAAAGCCGUCCAGGAAUUUGCCCGCGAGAUCGAGCCGUCCUGGAUAACCAUAGAGAAGGUUAUCGGAUCAGGCGAGUCCGGGGAAGUGUGCCGGGGCCGCCUGCGCGUGCCGGGCCAGGCCGAGGCGCCGGUGGCCAUCAAGACCCUGAAGGCCGGAUACAGCGAGAAGCAGCGCAGGGACUUCCUGAGCGAGGCCAGCAUCAUGGGCCAGUUUGAGCACCCGAGCAUCAUCCGCCUGGAGGGGGUCGUCACCAAGAGCAAGCCGGUGAUGAUAAUCACGGAGUUCAUGGAAAAUGGGUCCCUGGAUGCUUUCCUGAGGGGGAACGACGGGCAGUUCAAUGUGGGCCAGCUGGUGGGCAUGCUGAGGGGCAUUGCGGCCGGCAUGAAGUACCUGUCCGACAUGAACUACAUCCACCGUGACCUGGCCGCUCGCAACGUCCUGGUGGACAGCAAGCUGGUGUGCAAGGUGUCCGACUUCGGGCUGUCACGGGGACUGGAGGACGAUCCACAGGCUGUCUACACCACCCACGGAGGCAAGAUCCCCAUCCGCUGGACGGCCCCAGAAGCCAUCGCCUUCCGCAAGUUCACAUCGGCCAGCGACGUGUGGAGCUUCGGAGUCCUCAUGUGGGAGGUCAUGUCCUACGGAGAGAGGCCCUACUGGGACAUGAACAACCAGGACGUGAUCCAGGCCAUCGAGGAGGGCUACCGAUUGCCGGCGCCCAUGGACUGCCCGCCGGCACUGCACCAGCUCAUGCUCGACUGCUGGCAGAAGGAGCGCACGGAGAGGCCCAACUUCGCGCAGAUCCUCGCCUACCUGGACAAGCUCCUGCAGAACCCCGCCAGCCUGCACGCCACCUCGCAGUCCAGCGUCGAGCUGUCGAACCCGUUGCUGGAGAGGAAGGCUCCGGAGUACACGAUGUUCUGCUCGGUGGGGGAGUGGCUGGAUGACAUCAAGAUGGGACGCUACAAGGAGAACUUCACCAACGCCGGCUUGGUGUCGUGGCCCGCCGUCGCACAGAUGACACCGGAUGACCUACAAAGGCUUGGAGUGACCCUAGCCGGACAUCAGAAGAGAAUUAUGACCAGCAUCCAGACCCUCCGAGUUCAACUUGCCAAUGCGGUGCGGACAUAAACGAUCGUCGGAGAGAAGUUUUGCAACGUCAGAGUGGAAAGAAAAGCAAAACAAUUGUUAUUUAGGGAGACGUCAGUACGUUGCACAUUUGUGGAAGUCUAAACUUCACGUGCACAAGAAUGAACAAGAGCUGCAAUACUUCCCUGCAUACGAAAAUGUUGGAGUAAGAUUGUAGAUCUUAAAAAUGAAAUGCUUAACAGAACACGGUUUUACUAUGAAAUGGUUCUGAACUUCGUUCACUUUGUUCAUAUUUUUUAAACCGUCAACUAUUAUGAUACUAACCGUAGUCCUGCAACAGUAAUGAGUGAACACGCCUGUACAUACUUUAGCCCUGAAUGAAUAAUACAGCUGCAUGUUUAGUUCAUUUGGAUGCAAUUUGCACAGCAAAUUGAGGCACAUUGAUGAAAGUACUUUUAAUAGAUGGUUAUUAGGUGACCUGUUUUGUUUAUUUUAAAUGUAAUAUUUUCUAUCAUAAUGUAAAUGUGUCAUGCUUUUGCUAUCAAUAUGGUGAAACAUUUUAUAUAGGGUCUAUCGCUGUACACAUGAUCGUAAGUGGAUCAAAUACAUCCACAGAACUCGCUCUGCAGUACAUUGCAUGUGGCAAGCUGGUUGGACAAUGUACGUCCAUUCUAACCAUGUUGGAUCAAGGUCAGCGUGUCUAUUUUAAACGAUGUAUGAAGUACGUCUGAAAGUGAGUUCUUAAUGUUUAUCAUUUCAUACAGGCAUAAUCGUUCUGCAUUCCAAUAAUUGGGAUAUUGUGUACAAAUGGGGUAAUAAUUGUAAGUUUGAAUUACUUAACAUUUAAUAGGUUUUGUGAUGAGCUACAUGUACAAAACGAUCAAAUGAGAGUGUAUGGUGUAUAUAUCUUACAUUUGGUGUCAAGGUGAGACAAUCAAAGCGUGUAUGUGCGUAUUGUUGUACAGCAUUUCGAAGUGGCCUUUCAAUGUACUGAUUUCAUGAUAUCCAUUUUAAUUUUACCAAAGAUACUGUAAUCACUCAUCAUUUUAUUGUUUUUUUUAUUACUUUUAUAGUACCUUUUAUGCAAUUCGUCCUGUGUGCUUCCUUGACUUAAAUUGGAAUGGAAAUAUGAAUAGACAUUAAAUGGUAAACACAAACAAAUCCAUCAUGAGUAAUAGACUCAUUUUAAUUGUGUUUACUCUUGACAAAAGAAGUGCACUUAUAAUAAUAGUGACGUAUAAUUGUUCAUCAUCCUAACAAUAUUAUUAUCAAUGAUGUAACAUUUGUGUGGAUUUUUUGCAUCGGUGAAAAGUUGCCAUGCUAACCAAUGGAUCUGAUAUUUGACAUUGCGCUGUUGCCCAUUGCUUUAAAACAAAGCACCUUUUUAUUGACCUCAAGUCAAGGUACCAAUAUUGUAUAUGCAGUUGUAAGUAAUACAGAGUGAAACAAAUUUACUGCGAUGAUGUCUAGGUAAGCAAAAUGUAUCUUAAACAACGAUUUACGUUUUAACUUUCAUUUUAAUUAUUGAUUAUCACUACAUUUAAAUAUCUUUACCUAAUUUGUGCCUUAUCUUGUAGCUCUUUUUCUUUUAGCAAUUGGGAUUGUUUUCUUCUUCAUGAAAAUACAAUAGGUUCUGUUUUGCUUAUUUAUUUAAAUUAUUUGUAUUUAUUUUCAGGAUUGGCUUUUCCCCCCCUGCAUUAAUUGUGCUCUCCGAUUAUUAUUAUUUUUGCUAAACAUUUCCUGACGCCUCUGUUUUUGUGUUCAUUGUUGUAAAUACAGUAUUAAAUAAUAUUAAUAAUAA